AUGGCAUGCCCAUUCGUGCGAGAUGUGGUGGAUGAAGAAGCACUUGUGCUGAGGAGAGCCUUCAGGCGAGAAAGGGUCUUCAGGGACCGGUUGGACCCACUGGCCUUCCCUGAUGACCAUCUAUAUGAAAGAUACAGGUUUUCUGCAGAUGGCAUCAGGUAUCUAUGCAGACUACUGGGUCCCAGGAUUAAGCACCGCACUGCACGGAGCCAUGCACUGAGUGUGGAGCAAAUGGUUUGUGUGGCCUUGCUUUUUGCUAGUGGAGCCUUCCUGUACUCAGUGGGGGAUGCAGAACAGCUGAACAAGGCCACAAUUUGCCGCACAAUAAGGAGUGUGUGUCUGGCUAUCAAAGCAUUAGCAGAUGUCUUCAUCUCCUUCCCUGGCCACAGAAGACUCUGUGACAUCAAAGAGGAGUUCUAUAGGAUUGCAGGUAUUCCCAAUGUCAUUGGUGCAGUGGACUGCACACACAUAAGGAUAAAAGCCCCCUCAGGUGCCCAUGAGGCCGAUUUUGUGAAUAGGAAAUCCUUUCACAGCAUUAAUGUUCAGAUGGUCUGCAAUGCUGACUGUGUGAUCAGCAAUGUUGUGGCAAAAUGGCCUGGCUCAGUCCAUGACUCCAGAAUCUUUCAGGCCUCUGAAAUCUAUCAGUGCCUAUCACAAGGUGAAUUCUCUGGUGUGUUGCUGGGAAACAGGGGGUAUGGCUGCCAGCCUUUUCUCCUGACACCUUUCACAGACCCCCAGGAAGCACAGCAGGCCUACAACCAUGCCCAUGCCAGGACCAGGGCCAGAGUUGAAAUGACCUUUGGCCUCCUGAAGGCACGCUUUCACUGCCUUCACAAAUUAAGGGUCAGCCCUGUUAGGGCAUGUGAUAUUACUGUGGCUUGUGCUGUCCUCCACAAUGUGGCCUGCCUGAGGAAGGAGAGGGCCCCCAGAGUGCCACCAGCCAUGGACUGGGACAAUCCGGCAAUCUUCCCUGAUGACGACAGUGGUCGGCUGCUGAGGACCAAUAUGUGUUGAAUUAUUUUAGUUAGUAUGUGUGCUUUCAAUUUUGGUUAAAUAUGUCCUGCGGUGGCAGAGGAAUUUGGGUUUUUUUGGGUUCGUUUUUGACGAAUUUGGCCUCUUAUGAUGUUUGUGCGGUAUACUGUGUGUAAUACAAGGCUGCAGGGAGGCUACU